AUGGUGGCAGUUGGAGUAUUGGUCAUAUACUGUGUCUUCAAAAGAACCUAUACCGAGGAGUCCCUCCUGGUUAUUCGAGGAUUCGGAAUCCAAACCUCGACAUCCUCUUCAACUUACCUUUCGACUGCGGCAACAAGGUUUAUUCCUACCACCCAAAUCCAGGACAUUGUCAUCCAUGAAGCUUUCAAGGGCUUCGAGGUUCGCUUUUAUUUGGCUGUGAUUGUCGAAGGCGAGCCUGAUGCGCUGGUCGUCUUUCCGCACAUGUUGCCCAAGCGGGAAAUCUUAGAGCAAGUGUGGAGAGGUUCACGACGAUGUCUUUACGAUGCGAAGUCAUGA